AUGCCUGGGAGAGAGCUGCUGCUGCUGGUGGCAACAAUGAUGACUCUGGUCGCUGCCGCAGGGGCAGAGCUGAAUGAAGGGGGUGGCCUGAGAAGGCCGGUGUGUGAAGACCUGGUUCACCUGCAGGCCUGCCCCCUCCUGUACUUGCCCAUCUGUGGGAGCGACGGGAAUACCUAUGCCAAUGAAUGCCAGCUCUGUGCGGAAAAAAUGAAAACCAGGAAAGACAUCCGGAUUUUGAAGGAUGGGCAGUGUCAAGAUACCUGAGCUUUCUGAUAGCUUUCCUGAGACUAAAACCAGGUG